AUGCACUCUUUGCAUCGGGCGGCGCUCAAGUUCAGUGCCAGAUCGCCGUGGUUUCGGGCACGAGUGCCGAGCCUGCGAGCCCGACUGAACCCUCAUGGCCAGAGGAACUCCUCCAACUCGCCCAAUUCAAGUCGCAUUAAGGACUCAUCGAUUUCGCCGUCGCCGUCGCCAACCAAGCCCCCUCCACACUCGCUCAAUCAGGUGCCCAUCGGCGAGACUGCGAAGCCCGUCGAAGCCGUCGACAUACCCAUCCAGCUGUGGUAUCAUCGUCUGGGGCCCGUGUCUUCAUUCUUUCAAUGGUUUCACCGCACGCAGUUGAAGAGGCCAUAUACCGUGCAACUAUGCACAACCUUGACGACCUACCUAUGCGGUGAUCUACUGGCACAGGAUAUUGGGGGAGAACAGUACAAUCCAUGGCGAACAUUGAGGAUGUUGACAAUUGGAGCCAUUGCGGCGAUACCGGGUUACAAAUGGUUCCUCUUCCUGGGUCAGAGCUUCAAUUAUCCCUCGAAAUUCGCCUCCAUCGCAACAAAGGUUGCCGUCAACCAAGUUGUCUUCACUCCUGUCUUCAACACAUACUUUUUUGGCAUGCAGGCCCUGCUGACCGGCGAGCACGCGUCGGGCAUCAUCAUGCGCAUCCAAGCUGCGGUGCCGGUCAGCAUGCUCAAUUCUCUGAAAUUAUGGCCCGCGGUGACUGCCUUCUCUUUUGCCUUUGUCCCGCCCCAAUACCGGUUCAUGUUUUCGGGCAUCUUUGCCGUCGCGUGGCAGUGCUAUUUGAGUUUCCUCAACCGCAAGGAAGAGAAGAUCGAGGCGCAGAUCGAUACUUUGAGUCACCCUGUGCUGCCGGAGAGCAUUGUGGUGAAGUAA